UGAUUCAGCGGCCGACGGCUCCCUCUGCUGGGACGGGCUCUGGUUCUCGCCCGCUCUCCAUUUCCCAUCGUCCCAGCCUCAAAUACAGCAGCGAAGCUCCAAGAUGGCGCAAGCAAUAUUCGAGGCGUUGGCAGGGAUAGACAACCAGACGGUGCUGGCUGUACAGUCGCUGCUCGACAGUCAGGGCGGGGUCUCUGACCCAGGCGCGCAGGGGGUGCCGCCCCGCAGUGUACAGACCCCCCUGGACGAGGAGGACGUCUUCCUGUGCGGACGAUGCAAGAAACAGUUCAACUCGCUGCCGAGCUUCGUGGCCCACAAGCGGGAGCAGUGCCAGGGCAGCAACACCUCCCUGCCCCCCGGACCCUUCACCCCCGCACCCCCCCCGCCCACCCGACAGCAAGUGCCGACGUACAUCACGCUGCCCCACUCUCCCCUCACCCAGGCGCUGGUGCAGGGCAACAUCGUGGUGAGUGACGAGGUGCUGAUGUCGGCCAUGUCGACCUUCACCUCGCUGGACCAGCCCAUGGGGGCCCUGUCCCUCCCCCAACAGAGCGGCCACAACCUGGCACCGGGACCCUUGUACAUCCCAGCCCCCCCUCCGCAGCCAGCACCCGCCGCCCUGCCCCCGCCGGUGCACACCACGGCCAACGGCGGCGCGGUGGUACAGGUCUACAGCGCCCUGGCAUCGCUGGGCAGCGGCUCCACAGACGGGAACUCGCUAGCCAUGCCGCACUUCCAGGUUCCGGGCCCAUGUGGGGAGAGUUCACCGUUCACCAGCCCCCCCGUCUACAGCCCGGGCAAACACGGCUUCAAGACCAAGGCCGACAGCAUGGCGGCUGCUCCGGCCCUCAGCCCUGGCAAUGCCCACAGCAACGGCACCGGCAAUGGGACACUCACCGGCUACCAGACCGACCCACCCAAGGCCCGGCUCACCAAACAGCCCAUCAGCAUCCAGGAAGGUAAAAGCAAGUUGCAAAAACUCAAAUGCCACUAUUGUGACAAAAUGUUUGCCAAGAACUUUGAUCUCCAGCAACAUAUCAGAAGCCACACCGGGGAGAAGCCGUUCCAGUGCAUCGUAUGUGGCCGAGCGUUUGCGCAGAAAUCCAACGUGAAGAAGCACAUGCAGACGCACAAGGUGUGGCCAGCAGGUCAGGCCCGAUCCUCCGUCUCCAUGCAGGUGGUGACGGUCAGCCCGGAGAGCAAGCGGCCACGGGGAGAGCGUGACGCCAUCGGUCAGUCCACAGUCCACCAAACGCCAGCGCCAUUAGCCUGCGCCCUUUUAUUUUUAGAUGGCUUACAACCCAGUGCAGGUCUGUCGGAGAGCAUGGAGCAGGAUGGGCGGCUGAGCCCGGAGCUGCCCCCUGGUGACGGGGGUGGGGAGGGGCAGCAGAUGCUGGUCAUCGACAGCUCCUACCAGUGCCAAUUCUGCCCCUGUAAAUUCCUCACCUACUUCCAGCUCAAGUCGCACAUGAUCCAGCACAAGAACCAGCAGGUGUACAAGUGCGUGGUGAAGAACUGCACGCAGACCUUUAUGAAGCUGGAGGAGUUUGUGGAACACAUCAAGAACCACGAUGAUGAGAUCACCUACCGCUGUCACCUCUGCAACAAGAUCUUCCCCUCGCUGUACGAGCUUGGCGUGCACCAAUACUCCCACAGCUUGUACCCACAGCAGCUGCCCAAGAAAGGGCCCACCUUUUACAGGUGUUCGAGAUGUUUGAGUAAAUACUCCACACCGGAGGCUCUUGAGCAUCAUCUACAGACUGCCACUCACAACUACCCCUGCCCACACUGCCAGAAGGUAUUUCCCAGCGAGAGGUAUCUGAGGAGGCAUCUCCCCGUACACGGUGGAGGGGGGGUCUUCAAGUGCCAGAUCUGUAAAAAAUCUUUCAAAACGGAGCAUUAUCUCAAACUUCACCUGCUUAUUCACUCUGGUGAAAAACCAUUCAAAUGCUCGUUAUGUUCAGCAGCUUUCAAUCGCAAAGAUAAAGUCAAGAGGCACAUGCUGACUCACGACCCUGUCAAGAAAUUCAAGUGUCCCUUCAGGGUACAUUCAGGAUGCACAAAAGAAUUCAACAGGCCGGAUAAACUCAAGGCGCAUAUAAUUGCACACUCAGGUAUCAAGCCGCACAAGUGCCAGUACUGCAGCAAAUGCUUCAGCCGCCGGGCGCACAUGACGGAGCACCAGCGCUCGCACACGGACUCGUACGCACUGCGCUGCGUGCCCUGCGGCCGCGGCUUCACCCGGGAGAAGUACCUGAAGCAGCACCGCUGCGGCUCCCGCGCUGACGAGCGGCAAGUCAGGAAGAGGCGGUGCGCCGCCCGCCGGGGCCCCAGCCGGCCCAGGAGAGCUCCAGCCGGGAGCCGCACGGCCAGGCGGACCGAAGGCGAGGACUCGCUGCCCGACUCCGGGGUGGCCGAGGCGAGGGACGGAGCCGCUGCCGACUGGCCAGAGCCUGAGGGCAGUGAGGACUCAGUGCUGGCGGACGGUGCCAGCAUGCCCGGGCUGCCUGCUGGACAAACCCUCCCCAUGGCCCCCGUCCCCGCCUACGUCCAGACCCCAGAGUGAACCUGCUCUCCCCUGGACUUUACACAGCAAAGGGGAAAAGUCGCCGAGAUUUCAUCCGGUGAAGAAACGGGGCAUUAGUGCAUCCCUGGCAACUUUUACAGAGCGGGGAGCUGAUUUGUUACACAUGGACCAAGCCACGGGGCAAGCAAGCUGCAAAUAAAACAGAUUUUUUAAAUAAAACUAAAACAAAACUUUUCCCUGCAAUCUUUUACAUCCUGGGAAAUAACAUACACAAAGUGCUGGAGUAACUAAGAGGGUCAGGCAGCAAUGGGGUAGGGGUGAAUCGGUCAGAAACCUGGCUUCUGGAAGGACCAUUUAGGAGCCUGAUAUCAGAGGGGAAGAAGCUGUUCCUGAGUCUGGUGGUGCGCGCUUUCAAACGUCUGUGCCUUCUACCGGAAAGGAGCAGGGAGAAAGAGGAAUGAUCGGGGUGGGACAAGUCUUCAAUUGU